AUGGAGUUGAGUCCCAGUGAGUUUUCAGAUUAUUCGGUACUGCAGGACAAAGAAAAUAUUGCUGUAUGCAAUAAGCCGAAAUCAGAGCUCAUGAAUGAAAAGAUUAUCAAACAAUGUGAAUUCUAUUUCUCGGAUGCAAAUAUUCUAAAAGACCAAUUCCUUCUAAACUUAGUCAAGUCAUCAAAGGAGGGAUGGGUGGAUCUCUCUGUAAUUGCAGGUUUUAAAAAACUCCAGUCUUUGACGACGGACCUUAGCGUUAUUCGUCAGUCACUGGCAGCUUCAACCAAAAUUGAGGUGUCAGAAGAUGGGAACACAAUUCGACGCAUUGAUCCUUUGCCCGUAUGGGAUAAAUCCGUUUACUACCGUACCAUCAUAUUGUCGGAAUUCCCAGAAAAUUCGAACGUCACAGUGGAAAGUAUUCAGGAGUUCUUCACGAUAAAUGGCCAUCCUCCAUCUUUAGUGCGCGUUCUGUUUCCAAACCGCAAGAUACCAUCUGAUCUUAAACGUUCACAAAUACUACAUAAUCAACUCGGCGUCAAAAUCUGCGCUGUUGUUGAAUUCCCUAAUCGACCUGAUGCAUUAAAAGCAAUUAAUUUAUCUCGCUCUCACUGGGGGAAAAUAUAUGCAUACCUUUUGUGUCAUGGCAAUAAAAAACUGAAUAAAAACCAACCUGAACAUAAGACUGUCCCUAAUACCACCAAUUCCAAGGGUGUUGCUGAUGACAAAGUUGAACCCAUUCGCAAACCACUUCUACGUCGUCUGGAUUGCCUUAGCAACAAUAGCAUUCAUGUGUCUCACGUACGAGAGCCAAUAGGUCCACCAACUGAAGAAAGUGCUGGUUUUUUGCCUGGUUGGCGUGAAUUACUCCGGUUGCAGCGAAUGCUGAUUCGUGACGGAGCUGAAGUGAAUAAGUCUUCAGAAGCUGAACUUCAGCAAUUGGAUAAUGCGAUUGUUUGUAUAGACUCCGGUGCAGUUUGCGCCUCUUAG